AUAAUAUUUGGCUACGCUAGUAAUGUCGAAUAGGCACGGCAGGAAAGAGAGGUGGUCAGUGAUCGGAAUCGAUCUCGGCACGACCUACUCGUGCGUCGGAGUCUGGCGGGAUGGUCGUGUGGAGAUCGUCCCCAACGACCAGGGCAACCGCACAACGCCGUCGUGCGUCGCCUUCACCGACGGCGAGAGGCUCAUCGGCGAGGGGGCCAACAACCAGGUCGCAAGUAACGCAGCGAACACCGUCUUCGAUGUGAAGCGGCUUAUGGGCCGGAGUUCCUCUGAUGCGUCAGUGGAGAGCGAUGCCAAGUAUUGGCCGUUUGGGGUUGUGGCGGACGGCAACAAGCCGCCCUUGAUCAGCGUGAGUUACCAUGGCGAGAUGAAGGAGUUCUCCGCGGAGGAGAUUUCAGCCAUGGUGCUAGUCAAGAUGAAAGAGGCAGCAGAGGCCUACCUUGGAUCUGGAACGACCAUCAAGCAAGCUGUGGUCACCGUCCCAGCCUACUUCAACAGCUCCCAGCGCCAGGCCACCAUGGAUGCGGGCGCCAUCGCCGGCCUCACUGGCAUGCGCAUCAUCAACGAGCCUAGCGCGGCGGCCAUCACUUACAACCACAACAGGAAGUGGAGCUACGACAACGAGCAGAGCAUUGUGGUCGUGUAUGACUUGGGCGGUGGAACGCUCGACGUAUCGCUCGUCCUUGUGAAGAAAGGUGAGUUGCACGUCAAGGCUACCGCGGGGGACACUCACCUUGGUGGGGAGGAUUUCACCAACAACAUGGUUGUCCAUUUCGUUAAAGAAUUUAAGCAGAAGAACCAGAAGGAUAUCAGCGACAACAAGAAGGCACUCGGGCGUCUACGGAGAUCAUGCGAAGAAGCCAAGAGGAGGCUCUCCACCAACCCUCAUACCACGGUGGAGGUCGACGCCCUUUUUGAGGGCAUCGACUUCCGCUCCGGCAUCAGCCGCGACAAGUUCAAGGAGCUCAACGAGGACCUCUUCGGCAGAUGCAUGGAGCCCGUUGAGAAGUGCUUGGCAGGCGCCAAGAUGGACAAGAGGCAAGUGGACGAUGUUGUGCUCGUCGGGGGAUGCACACGUAUCCCCCACGUGCGGCAGCUCCUUGAGCGCUUCUUCAACGGAAAGGAGCUUUGCAGGAACAUCAAUGCCGACGAGGCUGUUGCAUACGGAGCCACCGUCCAGGCCGCAAGCCUGCUGGCCGUCGAGGCCGCCAUCCUCAGGGGCGUUCCCACAGGAAUACAAACAUCAUGCAUCCUGCCGGAGGUCAUCGACAUCACGCCCUUCUCACUGGGCAUUGGCAUACUGGAAGGAGUCAUGUGUGAGGUGAUUGAGAAGUACACCACAAUCCCCGUAAGUAAGGAGACACCAGCAUUCGUCAGAGUUAAGGACGACCGGUGCAGCGUGGACAUCACGGUGUACGAGGAUGACAGGGCAAUGGCAAACAAGUUCUGCAUCGCAUUGGAGCCUAAAGCCAAGCUGGUCUUGGAUAUUGACCCAGACGGGAUCCUCUCGAUCUUGGCACAAUACAAGGAGGGUCGGAAAACCAUCAUCAACCAGCCGGGGCGUUUUAGCAAGCAGGAGAUGCAGAGAAUGGUCAAGGAUGUCCAGAAGUACAAGGACCAGGAUGAGGAGCACAAGAAGAAUGUACAAGCACGGAACGACAUUCAGAAUUUGUUGUUCACAAUUGGCAACAAUAUGAUGAAUCUUGAAGACUCUGCUGCAAGAUUGCCCGGUCACCCGGAGGCACCUCAAGAACAAGAAAAAGAAACUCCACGAUUCCAAGACACAUAUUCAAGGACAAGGAACUCCAAAGUACAAACACACAAGCCCGACGCCCAGGCUAAGGACACCAUGAAAAUGUUACAAGCGCAGAAGGACACUGUUAAGAAACUAGCAGAAAUGUUACAAGCGCAGAAGGACACUGUUAAGAAACUAGCAGACAGAAUCAAGAAUCUUCAGGUGAUAGCUGAUGAGACUACACAGUGGCUUGAAAACAAGAAGCUUACCACCAGCGACAUUAUUUACCGGAAGAACGAGAUUGAGGGUGACUACAACAGCAUUAGCAGCCAGAUUGAGAACAUACAAGCACGGAAGGACAUUCAGAAUUUGUUGUUCACUAUUAGCAACAAUAUGAAGAAUUUAGUGGACUCAGCUGCAAGAUUGCACCAUCACCCAGAGCCAACUCGAGAACAGGAAAAAGAAAAUCAUGGAAUCCUUGGAGGUUUACGGCCCCAGAAGUCCCAGAAUAAGGACAAAAGGAAAAUGAUACAAGCAGACAAGGACACUAUCAAGAAACUACUGGACAGUGUCAGGAAGCUCCAGGAGUUAGCUGAUGGGACUACAAAGUGGCUUCAAAACAAGAAGCUCUCCACCAGCGACAUUAUUGACGUGAAGAGGCGUACUGAGAGUGAAUACCACUUCAUCAGCAGCCAAAUUGAGAAUGUAAAAGCACGGAACGACAUUCAGAAUUUAUUGUUACUUAUUAGCGACAAUAUGAAGAAUCUCGAGGACUCAGCAGCUGCAAUAUUGCUCUAUCACACGGAUCCAACUCGAGAACAAGAAGGGCAUUCAUUGGCCGAGAAAGCCAAGGAUAAGGACCACAGGGAAAUCAUACAAGCACCCAAGGGCACUAUCAAGGAACUACCAUACAGAAUCAAGGAUCUCCAGAAGAUGGCUGAUUGGCAUACAAAGUGGCUUGAAAACAAGGAGCUUAGCACCAACGACAUCAUUGACAAGAAGAGGGAGAUUGAGGAUGUAUACCGCAGCAUUAGCAUCCAAAUGGUCAGUGGCCACAUUGAGAAUGCCACACACUAAAUAUUUAAUAAAUCUUUCACGCAAAGUUAAUGUUGAAUUAAUCUAUUGAAAUGUUGAA